AUGGAGAUUAAGUUCCCAUUGAGCUUCUGGAAGGGUGCUUGUGGCUUCUACUUUGGGCUGGCGUGGGGGAAGGGAAGGGACUGGGUGUGGUCAGUAGAUAUCAAGGAGAGGUGGGGCGCAUUGGGGAACAUCGGCGAGGAGAUACAUGGUUUGGAUGAGGGAAUUGGGGGAUGGGUAUUGGGUGUUACAGUCGUGGCAGGGGCAUGA